GUAUUCGUUUUACCGCUUCGGUUCUUAUCGGUGUUUAAUAAAGCGGCAUACCUACAUCGCUGUAAAAUUAGCUAAACCUUAUUUAUACCUGAGGAACACUACAAAAGGAAAUUGGAAGGAAAGCAGCGUGUCGAUGUGUGAUACACUUCGGUUACCGAACUGAACCAUCUUCAUGGCGAGUUAAUUACCAUUGAUUGGUGUGCAUGGUCGGCAACUAUCACGGCUACCGGCUAGUCCUGGCUCACAGUGCGUCCGGGACCCGACAGUGGCACAUCAAUUACGAGAUCAUCAUCAUCAACGCAUGUAAACAAAACGUUCUCGCUUUGUUAGCGAGUCGUUGUGAUUAAAACAACUCUUAAAACUAUAGCGCCGCAGAAAUGAAAAAACGAGUAACAUUUUUGAAUAAUGCAAUUCUUCCAUGCAAAAUUGUGGUCUCUACAUUGUUAAUAGUAUGCUGCUAUGGUACUUAUACGUCAGCGACGCCGAAUACAAUCAAUGCAAACAGAACAAGUGUUCAAAAUGAGACUGAGAUCAGCCAACUGUUCCAUUGGGAGGACUACAGCGUGCUUGCUACUAUGCUGAUCGUGUCCUGCGCGAUUGGCGUCUUUUACGGAUAUUUUGGAGAAAAGCAAACGACCAGUGACGACUUUCUACUCGGAGGUUCCUCUAUGGGCACAUUUCCAAUGGCCUUAAGUCUUGCUGCAAGUUUCAUAACAGCUAUAGAGUUAUUAGGAAACCCAGCAGAGAUGUAUAUCGGAGGUGCUCAAUUUUGGAUGAUUUGCGUUUGCUUCAUGUUAGUGGCGCCCAUUACAAGCCAACUUUACCUGCCGGUGUUCAUGAGACUGCGUUUGACUUCGUGUUACGAGUACUUGGAAGUGCGGUUCUGCAAGUCGAUCCGCGUGUUCGCGAGCACCCUGUAUAUGUUACAGAUGAUACUCUACACGGCAGUGGCUGUAUACGCUCCGGCACUUGCGCUUUCUGAUGUGACAGGAUUGAACACCUACCUUGCAGUUACGAUAGUGUACGUCGUGUGCAUAUUUUAUGCCUCACAAGGUGGCAUGAAAGCAGUGAUAAUGACGGACACGUUCCAGUCAGCGGUGCUAAUCGGCUCGCUGGCUGUGGUGCUGGGGAUGGGCGCCGCUCGCGUCGGCGGUAUGGACACCGUCUGGGCUCAUGCAAGGGAGUCCAACAGAAUGCAUUUCUUCGACAUGAAUCCAGACCCAACAGUCAGGCACUCUUUCUGGUCAGUGGUCGUGGGAGGCACCAUGUAUUGGACGAGCAUGUUCUGCGCGAACCAAGCCUCGGUACAGAAAUACCUGUCAGUAGAGCGCAUCUCGCAGGCGCGGGUAGCUCUCUGGGUAUCGGCCCUCGGCCUCUUCGCAGUCUACUCCAUCAAUUUCGUCACCGGCGCUGUUCUGGCAACACAUUAUGCUAACUGCGAUCCAAUUCAGGCGCGGCAGAUCAAUGGCUCAGACCGGCUCCUGCCGCUGUACGUCGUCCAGCAGCUCGGCGACGCACGCGGCGUUCCCGGCUUCUUUGUGGCCGGCAUCUUCGCCGCCAGCCUUGGGACCGUAGCCUCAACUUUGAAUUCAUUAGCAGCUAUUGCGUGCCAAGAUCUAGCCACCGGACUUUUAGGAAUACGUCUACCUGAAAACAAGGGAGCGGCGAUUGCCCGAUGGGUAUGCCUCGGGUGCGGCGCGGUGUCGUUCGCGCUGACGUUCGCGGUGGAGCGGCUCGGGCCGGUGUUGCAGCUGGCGCUAUCCUUCAACGGCAUGGCGGGCGGCGUCACGCUAGGGCUGUUCACGCUCGGCAUGCUGUUCCCCUGGGCCAACGCUAAGGGCGCUGUCGCCGGCGGGGUGUUCGGACUGCUGGUGGUGCUGGCGGCGUGCGGCGGCGCACAGCUCUCGCAGGUGACGCCGCACCAUCUGCCGACCUCCGUCGAAGGCUGCCCCGCUUCUUACAACCUAACCGAGGCUUUUGCUGUCAACCCUGCAAACCAACACGAAGAAUCACUAUUCUGGUUGUUCAGAGUAUCGUACCUUUGGUACUCCGGGCUGGGGUCGAUGGCCACAUUGCUCAUGGGGCUGCUGGUGUCCGCUAUCACGGGCGCCACUGACCCCACGCAGGUGCCCAUAGACCUCAUCUCCCCUCCUGUCAUCACACUGCUCAACAAAUUACCGAAAAAAGCAAAGUCAAUACUGCGUCUCCCGGCGCGACUAGGGUCGGAGCGGCGGCGCAGCUCGAGCGUGCGGCCGCCGAGCAUGGCCGACGACAAGGACACGCGGCGCCGGCGCAGGCUGUCCGAGCUCGCGGGCGGCGUGUUCUACAGCGACGCCGGGCUCGUCUACGGACACGACAAUCUCGCGCUCGCGCACGCGCACGCCGCUAAAGAGCCGGAGGAUUACAACCCGAACUAUUCCCCUUAAAAUCACAGAUAAACCCAUUGAUUGAAUUUGCUUCCAUUUUCUAUAGGAACGUCAGU